CUCCGCGUUCCUCCGGCGGUCGAACAGCGCCGGGCGCAUGGAGGCCUCGGAGGACCCCGGGCCAGGACGCCGAAGUCGGGGAGCAAGCCCCGCGCGCCGCGGACCGCGCUGCCCGCCACUGUCCGAAUUUCGGGGGGAGCUCUGGGAACUCUUGGUCCUGGCGGGCCCCGCGUUCUUGGCCCAGCUGAUGGUAUUUCUGAUCAGUUUCAUAAGCUCUGUGUUCUGUGGUCACCUGGGGAAGCUGGAACUAGAUGCCGUCACACUCGCCAUUGCAGUUAUUAAUGUCACUGGAAUCUCUGUUGGGUUCGGUUUAUCCUCUGCUUGUGACACUCUCAUCUCCCAGACCUAUGGAAGCCGAAACUUGAAGCAUGUGGGAGUCAUCCUGCAGAAAGGUGUGCUCAUGCUGCUUCUCUGCUGCUUCCCCUGCUGGGCCCUCUUCAUCAACACAGAGCAGAUCCUGCUCCUCUUCAGGCAGGACCCGGAUGUAUCCAGGCUUACCCAGACUUAUGUCAUGAUCUUUAUUCCAGCUCUUCCUGCAACCUUUCUUUAUACAUUGCAAGUCAAAUAUUUGCUCAAUCAGGGAAUCAUAUUGCCUCAGAUCAUCACUGGAAUUGCAGCUAACCUUAUCAACGCCCUCACCAACUAUCUGUUCCUCCACCAAAUGCACCUCAGUGUUAUGGGCUCAGCACUGGCAAAUACCAUUUCCCAGUUCAUCCUGGCCUUGUUCCUCUUCUUCUACAUCCUUGGGAAAAAACUGUAUCAAGCUACCUGGGGAGGUUGGUCUCUUGAGUGCCUGCAGGACUGGGCCUCCUUCCUCCACCUGGCCAUUCCCAGUAUGCUUAUGCUAUGCAUAGAGUGGUGGGCCUACGAGAUUGGGAGCUUCCUGAGUGGUAUCCUCGGCAUGGUGGAGCUGGGAGCCCAGUCAGUUGUGUAUGAGCUGGCUGUUAUUGUGUACAUGAUCCCAACAGGCUUCAGCGUGGCUGCCAGCGUCCGUGUGGGGAAUGCACUGGGUGCGGGGAACAUCGAACAGGCCAAGAGGUCCUCGGCGGUUGCCCUGGUCAUCACAGAACUCUUCGCUGUAACCUUAUGUGUCCUGAUGUUAAGCUGUAAGGAUCUUGUGGGGUACAUUUUCACAACUGACAAAGAAAUUAUUACUCUAGUUGCCCAGGUGGUUCCUAUCUAUGCUGUUUCCCACCUCUUCGAUGGCCUUGCUUGCACAAGUGGUGGCAUUCUGAGGGGAAGUGGAAAUCAGAAGGUUGGAGCCAUAGUUAAUGCCAUUGGGUAUUAUGUUGUUGGUCUUCCUAUUGGAAUUUCACUGAUGUUUGCAGCCAAACUAGGAGUGAUUGGUCUGUGGGCAGGAAUCAUCAUCUGCGCCAUCUCUCAAGCCGUGUGUUUUCUAGGCUUUAUUUUGCGGCUAAAUUGGAAAAAAGCCUGCCAACAGGCUCUGGUACAUGCCAAUUUGAAAGGCAACAUGGCCGAAGAUGGAACUUCUCCUCUUUCUCAGGACUCCAUUUGCACAGAAAAUCCUGAAAGCCAUGGAGAAAUUUUAAUCAGAGAUGUUGAAAAAAAAGAUGAGACUCCGUGGAAUCAGCAAAUGCUUCAAGAAGAGCAUCUUCAGGUCCAACCAGAGGAAAAUAUUAAGCUGUCUAGGCAACAGCUAAUACUGCGGCGAGGGCUCAUACUCCUGGGGGCCAUUUCAAUCUUACUGGUGGGAAUUUUAGUGAGAAUUUAUGUCAGAACUGAAUGAUGAGGUCAGGGCAAGUGAGCUUCCAAACAAAUAAUUCAUAGGCCAAAGUUGGAAGUUUAUUUUCAGGCAGUGGAUUCAACUGUGCCCAUGGAUUUCAAGAACUCAAAGUUUAUCGUCAGAAGUAUUAUAUUAGAGUAUUAAUUGACCCUUCCCUGUUUCAACCAGGGAUCACUGUGUAUUGACUGCAUCAACUGAUUACUUUGAUAUUUCUUCUAUUUACUGGUUUAUUUUUUUAAAUACAAACAUAUAUACUUAAUGUUUGUGGAUUCUUACUG